UACAUACAUAUGUAUAUGACCAUACUCUGUUUAGGUCGGUACUACUUAGUAAAUUAUACCUCGAAUAGGUAUAUUGACCCUAAAAAGACGUCAGAGGCGGUAGCCAAAGAAAGUGAUGAUACUGAAGCAGCUGAAGUUCUAGAAAUUCCACAACCUGCUAAUACCGUGGGAGAAGAUACAUGUGAUUUUGGCGCUUCUGCUGCUACGGCUAACUCCAACGACAAAGUUUCUAGAAAAAUGUCCAAAGAUGCAGCGGCGACAUCAUCCGAUGCAGAUAUCAUUGAAGAGUGUGAAAAGGGUAACGAAACGCCUCAACCUAUUAAAAACUCUGCGAAAGAAGCAAAGGUACACCCGGAUAAAGAUAAUGAUAAAGAAGUAAAAAGCCACAUGGAAAGUGACUCUACCGAUAAACGGAAAUCACCAGAGAGUGGUGCCAAAAAAUUAAAUGAUUCUACAGAUGUAUCUCUUUGCAAUCCAGAGAUCGCAGGUACCGACAAGUCGCUUAAAAAGUCUGAGCCAAAAACAAAAAACGGCAAACUAGACAAAUCCGAUACAGAAGUGGAUGAUUACGAGAAUGCUGUUAUGGAUAAGAACAAUGAAGUUGGAGAGGAUGACGAAAAUGUUGUCGCUCUCGCUGAAAUUGAUCGUAUUAAUGAUAACAUUAACAAGACUCGUGUUGAUGGACUGCAAACACUUCAUGUGCUUUGCUUUGGUGCACAAGGCAAAAACAACGUUGUGAAAAAAAAUCUGCGUUCGUUUGCUGGUUUCGAAUUUUCGAAUGACUCAGGAGAAUACAGAAAGAAAUUGGAAGCUAUAAAAAAAAUAGACAACAAAGGAUUGCGUAGUAUUUGCGAAAUAUUGGUUCUUGACCGGAGAGGUAGCAAGGAAGCUAUUGCGGCCCGUAUCAUUAAAUUUCUCAUGGAGCCAGAUGAGUCGCUUUGUGAUGUGGAAGAAGAUCAAGAAGAACUUGAGGAGGAGUCGGAAGACGAAGAUGAAUUUGAGCGUAAAUCUAAGAUUAGCAGUGGGGGGGCCUGUCGAAAUUCUUCCCGGAACUUUAGUGGCCGUCCUCGGCGUUCCACAGCUGGGAAAAAAAUGUCUGCCUAUGUGGACUUCUCAAGUUCUGAAGAGAGCGAUCACAAAGUAGCGGUACCCAAAAGAAGACGUCACGAUGAUUCCGAAUCAGGAUCUGAUUACAAUCCUUCCGCAAAUUCGGACUCAGACGCUGGACAGGGAGGUGCUAGUGGUCUCAGACACUCCGUUCGUAGUGGUAGCGGUCGCUUGGCUCGUAAAAGUAGAAAAAACUCAGAUUCUGAAGAUGUAGACGAAUCGGAGCUUUCUGAUGCAGAAAGUGAUAAACCGAAACGUAAGCGCAUUGCACCACCAAAGCGGGGGCGGCCGCCUGUUGCAGCCGUAUCAAGUCGCCGUGGACGCGGACGUAUCGCUGCUGCACAGAAACGCAAGAACUCAGAAAGCGAAAUAUCUGAAAUAUCAGAAGAAGAAGUGUCUGAGUUUGCCAGCGAACAAAGCGAGGACGAGCAUCCUAAGAAAACAAAGAGACAUACAACGCCUGCAAAAAAUCGUAAAACUAAUAAAUCCAAGUCAUUUGGGAAGGGCAUUAGUCGACCGAAGCACUCGAAGAAAGAAUUAAUAGAUGAUGAAGAAUCCGAUGAGGAUGAACCCUUAAACAAAAAAGGAAAAUUGGCUUUUCCUACGGAUGAGCAAAUUCGCAAUUACGUGAAAGAGAUUUUGGAUGAGGCUAAUCUCGAAGAGAUAACUAUGAAAACAGUCUGCAAACAAGUUUAUGCGAAAUACCCAGAUUUUGAUUUGACAGAAAAGAAAGAUUUCAUAAAGGCAACCGUAAAAGCGUUGAUUGCUGCAUAAUACUUCAAGCCACGGUAUCAUCAAAAGUUGUAGCAAACAUUAGAAACAACAACGACGGAAAAGAUGUUAUUUCAUAAUUAUGUCAUUAUAUUAAGCUCCUAGUUUUCCUGUAUUUGUAUACAUUCAAUAAUAUAAGAAUAUUAUGUUUA